UUCCAGUACACCAUUAGCAUUUGCCUUCCUACUCUGUCUUCUGGAGGUUCGACCUGCUGUAAACGAACACAGAUGGAGCCCAUGAACUGGGGAGAAGGGGACACGAGCUAUGCCCACAACUCUGGUAUUCAGCAGACGAACACCAGCGAUUCAUUUCAUGCAGAGAGUUCAGAGAAAGAAGAAAAAAACAGCUUCAGAAUUUAGCAAACAUACAAGGGGAUCAGCAUCACCAACGUCCCUGGUUUGUUCUGCUUCUCCAAAGAUGAAAAACUAGGAUACGUUGGCUUCACUGAACUACUACCAUUUCUCCGCAAGAUUGCCUUUUACGCAGAUGAUUUCCGCAUAAGAUCGCAGAUGAACCAACCAACCAACAGACGAACACAGCGAUUCAUUUCACGCAGAGAGUUCAGACAGAGAAAGAACAGCUCCAGAAAUUUAGCAUACAUACAAGGGGAUCACCAUCACCAAACGUCCCUGGUUUGUUGCAUUGGGUCUGUCGGGCUAUUAUGCCACCCCUCCAAGAAUUUGUCCUGAUUGAUUCAUGACGUUUUGGUCAUUAACCACACCGUCUCCAUGUUGCUUACCAUGUGGUGAUUGGUUCAUCCACAAGUACCCAUCCGCAUAAUUUCCGAGUACAUUUCCUUUUCGCUUUGAUGCAAUUUAAAGUCCGUAGUACCAAUAAUUAUGUUCUUGACAAGCUAUUGUCGGGCCCAAUAAGCAGCCAUCUGCAUUUACCAUAAGGAGGAAAAUCGUCCAUCUUCCAGUACGCCAUUAGCAUUUGCCUUCCCGAUCUGUCUCUCACUGGUUGAAGGUCUUGUGGAGGUUCGCUCUGCUGUAAGCCAAGACAGAUGGAACCCAUGAACCAAGGAGAAGGGGACACGAGCUAUGCCCGCAACUCUGGUAUUCAGAAUGCUGAGCAGAACAGGAUGAAACCCAUGAUAGAAGCGGCCAUCAUUGACUUAUGCACCAGUACCAGCACCUUGUUUCCCACAAAUAUGGUGAUCGCAGACUUGGGCUGCUCCUCUGGCCCAAAUGCGCUAGUGCUGGUAUCGGCUGCCAUCGAGGCCAUCCGCAGUUACUGCGUUCAGUUCCAAAGGCAACCACCUGAAGUUUGUAUUUUCCUCAACGACCUUCCUAACAACGACUUCAAUAUGGUGGUAAAGAGUUUGUCCAUGCUCCGGAAAAGUAAUGAGCCUAUUGUGGUGGCCAGUGUCACGCCAGGGUCAUUUUACGAGAGACUCUUCCCUACUGGCUCAUUGCAUCUUGUUUGCUCUUCCAGCAGCCUGCAUUGGCUCUCAAAGGCUCCAGAAGUACUAACGAGGAACCAUAUCCCAGCGUACAACAUUGACGAGCAUGCCAGGCGUGAAAUGCUUCCUAUGAUCCAUGAUGCUUAUGCACAACAAUUUAAGAAUGAUUUCACACAUUUCCUAAAGCUAAGAGCCAAAGAAUUCCUCCCAGGAGGCCGGAUGGUUAUUUCUAUUACUGGAAGGCAUUCUAAUGGAAUUGACUCCAAACUAUUUCACAUAUGGGAACCCAUAGGUCAUAUUCUAAGUGUUAUGGCCCUAGAGGGUGUGAUCAACAAAGCUAAGUAUGAUUCCUUCUACAUUCCGAUGUAUGGACCUUCUAAUGAAGAGCUUAGGGGGAUCAUCCAAGAAGAGGGCUCCUUUUCGAUCAAGGAGAUGGUAGUGCGCGGCUUAACAAGUGAUGCGGAUUCUGCGCUCUUCACUCCAGAUAGGUACAUGUCCCAGAUGCGAGCGGUGUUUGAGCCAGUGAUUCUGAAACAUUUUGGAGAAGUGAUGGAAGAAUUCAUGAGGACCGCAGAGAGGCGAUGGAGCCUCGAUGGAAUCUUGAGAGAUCAGCUUGAUAGGCUAGUAUGGCUAUCUGUAUCGCUCACCAAGGCAUCAUCAAGUAAUUAGCUACUUUGUCACGUAUGGCUCCUGCUUUCCACAAUUGAUGAAAUUUGAACCAUGGCUUUCUUUAUGGCAACAAGUAAUGUAGGUGUACUUUAUUAUGUAACCUUCAGCUCUCAUGUGUAACUGAAUGUUUUCAUGGAAGCACAAGAAAUUUAUA